GAAAAAAUACUGCAAGAAACAGAUUCAUGAGAACAGAAAGCAAAAACAUAAAACUCAACAAGUGAAAUCUAAGUCGAAUACUUGCAGGUCAAACCCAGUGCUGCAGCUUACUUUCAAACAGGAAACACAUGGUUUCCUGUAAGUAUAUCCAGAGGUUACACGCAGCAGCUCUCAGCAGAUGCAAACUCCGCACCAAAGAUGAAGACAUUUUUGCCAAAUUUUGUCUUCAAAGAACUCAGCACCUACGCCGCAAUCAUUGUGAUUUUUGUUCACAAUAAUGUGCUUGACAAGAAUUUGGAGUGCACUUGCAAACCAGAAGAUAUUGACUGCAGUUUCUACAUGGCUAUGCCAUUUUUAUUAUAUUUAUUUUAAAACUCUGGUCGGACAAGACAUUUCAGAGAGCCUUAAAAUAUACAUGUCCAUGUACAUGUAACUGCUGCAACUGGUGUACGGAAAAACGUUGCAAAUUUUUCUGUGUUUUACUGUAUCACAUUAUCAAGGCAGCUUUCAUCGGUCUGCUGUGGGUUGUAUCUGUGUUAAUCGAGGGAGACUGGUAUGUUUGCUGUCGCAAUGAUCAGUCUGAACAACAGAAACAGUUAGCCUGCAAAGACAAGAAAAACAUCACAGAUGAGGAUCAAACAAGAAUCACGGAGCUGAAAAACCAUUCAAAGGUUAUUGGCCUCUCUCUACUCUUUAGUAUCCUUCUUGUGGCCUCCUUAAUGUCAUCAUUUGGAGAGAAAUGCUGUAAGAAAAAGUCUGACAGAAAACGUCUAUAUUACAAAGUGAUUUUGGACGAGGAGAAGAAUGUACUGAAAGAGAUUUUGACAACAGCAGCGAAAAAAAAAUUGACUGAAGGAGUCGAGAGCAAAAUGCAUGGCGAACAGUGGGAAACAUGUUUUGAUGUUGCUAAAGAACUGAUUGAAAACAACACUGGUCCCGGAGCAGCAGGAGCCAAUCAGGAGCAGCAACAGCCGGAGCAGCAACAGCCGGAGCAGCAACAGCCGGAGCAGCAACAGCCGUGGCAGCGACGGGAGCAGCAACAGCAACCACAGGACGGAAUUCCUCUUCGAACAGUGAGGCCAGAGGUGGAUCCCCUUUUGUCUGCGAGUCCAGGUUCAUCAGGCGAGCAGUAGAGAUGGGUCGACUCUGAUAGUUUCAUUUUUUAUGCAACACAACAUACUGUUGGCUAAAUUUUAUACUGAGCUUUAAUCUGUAACUGUAAUGUUUAUCAUUUAUUUGCUUUUGUUAUUUGUAAUGACUAACUUUCAGCUCCCGGUACUCUGCACAACUUAAUCAAGUUAUAAUGUAAAUAUAUAAAUAUAACGUCAACAUUAAAGCUCUCUACAGGAGGGUCAAAAUGUGUGACUGCAGUCUGUUAAGAAACGUGACGUAUUAAACAUUGUUUUCAUCAUUUCUGUUCAUUAUAAAACAUAACAGGCAUCACCUUUUGUGCAGCACCAGUGUAUCCACUGCACAAGAGAUCAGAAUCUGCAACUGUGACCCGUCUUCAAUAAAUGUUUUGUUACAUCCUGUAAAA